GAAGUGUCCUAAAAGGCUUUUAUUUCUCUCCCUUUUUUUAUUUUUCUCUAUUUCUUUUAGCGGAAGUACAUAGAGCAGAGAGAACAGAGGGAGAAAGGGAUUUAAAACCAAAAGUGAGAAAUGGAAGGGAGAGAAGAGAUUAACGGAUCCAAACCCAGUUUUCUUUUGACCUUUUGGGAGGUCGCAGUGGCUUCAACGGUGGUGAUGGCGUUUGUUUUGGGGCUUACAUGCGUUUAUUUAACAAUGCCCGCCUCUGAUUACAGCUUCCUCAAAUUACCCAGGAAUCUUGAAGAUCUUCAAAUCCUCAGAGAUAACCUCGAAACCUACACAGCUGAGUACACCUUACAAGUCUUGGUGGGGUAUUGUGUAGUCUAUAUUUUCAUGCAAACUUUCAUGAUUCCGGGAACUGUUUUCAUGUCAUUGCUUGCUGGAGCACUGUUUGGAGUUUUGAAAGGUGUAGCUCUUGUUGUGGUAACUGCCACUGCUGGUGCUUCUUCUUGCUACUUCCUGUCAAAAUUGAUUGGGCGACCUCUCGUCGUAUCCCUUUGGCCUGACAAGCUGAGCUUCUUCCAAGCCCAGAUAGCUCAAAGGAGGGAGCGGCUAUUGAACUAUAUGCUUUUCCUAAGGCUUACUCCAACUUUACCAAAUACAUUCAUUAAUGUUGCUUCACCUAUCGUCGACGUGCCCUAUCAUAUUUUCUUCUUGGCAACUUUUAUUGGACUCAUUCCUGCUGCUUACAUAACUGUCAGGGCUGGAAUAGCUUUGGGAGAGUUGCAAUCGUUAGGGGAUCUUUAUGACUUUAACUCGAUUGCCAUUCUUUUCCUUAUAGGGGCCGUCUCCAUCACACCUACGCUAAUGAAGCCAAACCAUAGCGUUUAGCUUGCUUGCGUGUGGUGCUUUGAGCCAUUUGGGUUGCUACGACCUUGUGUACAGACUAUCAUCAAAUAAAUGCAAAUGUGCUGCUGCUGCUGUUUUUAUGGUUAAUGUAAUUCAGACAAAGUCCUACUGAUAUUGAAGAUGAUGAUCUGGGAAGGUGUUAAAAUCAUCUACUUUGCCAUGCAUUCGUAUUUGCUUUAA